UUUCAUUCAAGAUGACGCUGAUGACGAUCCCUAAAAACGUCAAUAAUUGAAAAUCAACAAAUAAGUUUUUAAUUGAAUAGAUGAUAUCAUAUAAAUUUAUUGAAUAAUACAGCGUGUUACCUUAAACUUUCUAUAAAAUGGUCAAGAAUCUUGUUUUCUACAGUUCUGUACCCAAGUAUUCAAAGCCAUGAAGUCUUCUGUACUGCUGUCUGUGGUCCUGCUGGUCGCUUUCCUGGUCACUGUAAGCGAAUGUCAGAAGGAUGAAGAACCGGAAGUCGGAGAUCUAGAAGCACUUUCUUCCGAAACCAACGUCCUAUCAAAACGACACAUUUUCCACCUAUUUCCUAAAAGGCAGUCCUUCUACGUUCGAUUGUCUCGCCCUCAAACGAAUUUAGGAAAAAAUGACAUCAUUUGCUUUGACAACGUGGUAUCUGACAGGCAACACCUCUACAAUACGAGAACUGGGAAGUUCGUCUGUCCUCGCUCUGGUCAUUACGUCUUCACCUGGACUUUGAUGACCCAUCACAAACGCUGGGUUGUUUCAGAUUUGGUUGUUGGGGGUGAGGUCAAAGGAAAACUGACCGUGGACAGCGAUGAGCAUUAUGAAUCCGGGUCAACAACUGUCGUGGUGUACGUUCGUAGAGGGGCAACUGUCUACGUCAGGAAUAUCGGCGGUGAUGGUAAAAUAGAGGCUGAGGUGAGCAGCUUUGCGGGAUGGAGAUUAUCUAAAAAGUAGCAGGACGAUGGAUACUGCCACGGCUACUACUGGUCUUUGUGCAACCAGCAAUUACUAACAUUUUCAAAUCUAAAACUCUUUUCUUAUCAUCCAGUUUAUCUUCCAUGUUGUCAGUUGCUAGUUUGAAAUAUCAAUAAAUAUAAAACAUGAA